CAGGCUGCGGUUGUCAAGGAUUCAGAGGUGGUGCCAAGGCUGCCCGAUUUUGGAAUUUCCAGAAGAAAAGUGCAAGAGGGAAUAUUAGAUUCUUUUUCUGAAUAGCCACAGCCUUGGCCCUUCAGACUCCAGAGAUGCUCAAGGGACUUCUAGCAGUGAAAGUAAAAGAGGAAAAAGGGGACCACACAAGAAUGGUCCAAGAAUCUGGCCUGUCAAGAGAUAACCCUCAUACCAGAGAGAUCUUUCGUAGACGCUUCAGACAGUUCUGCUACCAGGAGACACCGGGGCCCCGAGAGGCUCUUCAAAGACUCCAGGAGCUCUGCCAUCAGUGGCUGAGACCGGAGAUGCACACCAAAGAGCAGAUCCUAGAGCUGCUGGUGCUGGAGCAGUUUCUAACCAUCCUGCCCGAGGAGCUCCAGGCCUGGGUGAGAGAGCACCGCCCAGUGAGUGGAGAAGAGGCGGUAAUUGUGCUGGAGGAUUUGGAGAGAGAGCUGGAUGAACCAAGAGAGCAGGUCCCAGCCCGUGAUCAUGAACAAAAGGAGCUUAUGAAGGAGAAAGCAGCUCUAGGAACAGCCCAGGAGUCAUCAGGCAGCCAGCUCCAAACCUUGGAAGAGCGGCCUCAGUGGAACUUGCGAGGGGUGUGCCCGAUUCAGGAGAUUGACAAUGAGACUGGAACUUGGAAUGUGGAGUUAGCCCCAAAGAGGGAGCUGUCUGAAGAAGAAAAGUCUCUUGUGGAGGCACCUGACAAACUGAAUGGUGAUACUAUUCCAGGGCCUGAAUAUGGAGAGACCUGUGACCAUGAAGGUAGAUUUGAGAGGCAACGGGGAAGCUCUUCAGGGGAAAGACCCUAUAUCUGUAGUGAAUGUGGGAAAAGCUUCACCCAGAAUUCCAUCCUUAUCGAGCACCAGAGAACACACACGGGCGAGAAGCCCUAUGAGUGUGAUGAGUGUGGGCGGGCCUUCAGCCAGCGAUCAGGCCUGUUCCAGCACCAGAGACUCCACACUGGGGAAAAGCGCUACCAGUGCAGCGUUUGUGGCAAAGCCUUUAGCCAGAAUGCUGGGCUUUUUCAUCAUCUCAGGAUCCACACAGGAGAAAAGCCUUACCAGUGCAAUCAGUGCAGUAAGAGCUUUAGUCGACGUUCUGUCCUCAUUAAGCAUCAGAGAAUUCACACUGGAGAAAGACCUUAUAAAUGUGACGAAUGUGGCAAGAACUUCAUCUACCACUGCAACCUCAUCCAACAUCGGAAAGUCCACCCCAUGGCUGAAUCCAGCUAGCUCCUUGGAACAGGUAGGGCAGCGUUUCCUGAUGCCAGACCACUAGGCAAGGAAGCCAGAGUCCUGGUUCUUACUUUAUCCCUGAGAGAACAAUAGUAUUAAUAAUUUAAUCCUCUAGUAAUAGGAAGCUCCAGAGAAAGCCAGUGAAAAUGUCCUGAUUUUUAUGCUGAGAGAAGCAUAAUAUCUU